CGAAACUUGGACUGACACUGGUUCGACGACGAACCGGCGAAAUUACUUUGAGAAAAUCAUGUUUUUCAGAGAAAUUUCAUGAGACUUGAAACAUCUAGCUUCAAAUCCCUAAUUUUGUUGUUUUGAAAAGCGUCAUUUAGGCAGAUACAGAGUUAGGUGUCUAAAGAGCAGCAGAAGGACUCUGAAAAGAUGGAUUCUGACUCUGUUACUAUGGAAACAGACGAUGAAGACUCAUCGCUUGAGGAGGAGGAGGAGGAAGAAGAGGAGGGGUUAGAACCUAAACAGGAAGUAUGGGUUCAAAGUGGAUCAGAUUCUAAAAGUUACAAGCCAGUGCAUUUGAACAUCUCCUACCAGGUGGGCUCUGAGGACGCAUCCAGUCAAUCUAAGAAGAAUAAGGGCAACGACCCCACAGCGUUGGCCGUCCUGCGGAGACUGACCCCAGAGCUCCAGCAGGGGUAUAGAAUCCUGGUAGAUUUGAUGGGAGAGCGGUCUAAGAGCUUUGCUUGGCCCUUCAUGGACCGAGUAGACCCUGUGGCUCUCAAGCUGCCGGACUACUAUGACAGGAUCAAGACACCCAUGUGGCUAACAAGAAUUGAAGAGAAGUUUGAGGAUGUGGAGUACACCUCCAUCACCGAGUUCGUAGCUGAUGUCAGGCAGAUCUUUGAGAACUGCUACCGCUACAACGGACUCAAGCACAUGGUCUCUCGUCAAGCACAGAUGAUGGAGUGCCAUUUUGAGCAGAAGCUCACUCAACUCUCAAGGCAUAUACGAGACAAGACUCAUUUCCAUGGAAACAAUGACCCGCAAACUGCAGAGCAAGAUACCGCCAUGAGCUCAACAUUUGGGAGGAGGGUCAGUCAGAGAAUCCUUGAAAACAGGAACACCAUGUCACCCGUUGCAAACUUCAUGGAGAAACAGCUAGAGAAGGAAGAAGAAGAGAGGAGAAAGCAGAGGAUAAUAGAAAGGAAAGCUGAGCUGGAGAGACUGAACAGGCGACUGGUAGAAUGGGAGAAGGAUGAACUCUUGAAGGAGCCGCUCGGGACCCAGCUGAAGUCCAUGUGGGAGAUUCCAGCUAUUGGACAGUUCUUCAAGCUUUGCCGUGAGAAUAUGUACCUGCCAGAGUUCUCUCUCUUUGAACUAGAGAGGGCUCUUGUCCUCCCACAGUCCAGCCAACUUGUAGCGCGUAUCUUCACCAAUGUUCUCACAACGCGAUACAACCGCAAAAGGGUAUCUAAAAAGCCUGCCAUGCCUUACGAGUUCUGGCAGGACAAGCUGAGGAAGAAGCUAGACAUCUGGUACGCCUUCCUUAACGUUGACAGUGCUACAAGACAAAGCGUUGCCCGCCAUCUCUACAUCCCUGAGCGAUUCUUUGAGGUCCUUGGUGACAUGAACCCUCUGACCGGUCGUCAGUACCACGACCUUUCCAUCUAUGAAAGAGUCUGGAUCCUCAAGGGCAUGUGUGACCAUCUAUUUGAAACUGACUACGAUGUAUGGUUUGGUGUGGAUACAAGCGUUGUGGAGGACCAGCGCGUAGUAGUAUUGGGAGAAGAUGACGAGAAGGCUAGCUAUCUCUACUUCCCUCACCUCCUGGCCACCGAUCUCAGGAUCUACCGCCAGGCUCAGAUCAAAGAAGAAAAACCAAAGAAAAAGAAAGUGGAAAAGGCAGAAAAGAGCCCGACAAAGAAGAGCAAAACUGGGACCCCUUCUCAAGCCAACGAGGGACCCAAGAAGAGAGGUAGACCUAGGAAAAACGCAGACCCCAAUGAUAGCUCAACUGAUAAGACUGGUACCACACCUGCCAGAGCUGGUAAAACACCUGCUAGCGAAGGGCCUAAGAAGCGAGGGAGACCCAGGAAAGAUGCAGGGACCGAAAGCGAAGCAGAGACUAUUGGUAAAACUAAGGAGACUGGUGACGGAACUGCAACCCCUUCUCAGGCCAGCGCUGGUACUCCGUCAGGCAGGGGGAGGCCCAGGAAAGAUGGUUCCACUCCAUCUCAAGCUCUUAAGAAGACGCCCGCUAAGCCGAUGGCCAUCAUAACACCGACCAGACGAUCGAGCAGACGAGCUGCUAAACUAGAGAGAUCUGAUGUAGAGGAGCAGGACGAGGAGAAAGAAGAGAAGAGCCAUAAUGGGGAUGGAGACACAGAGGGCGCUACAGACGUUGUUUGCGACUCACAAAACCUUGACGCGAAUGUUGAAGAUAAGGACCAAAAUUCUGAUAGGACGGUAUCUGCUGAUGCAACACAGUCUUCAGCGGUGUGUGAUGGUAGUCCGGGGAGGACAGGAAAUCAGGAUGGGACUGUAUCUCAGGAGACAGAAGAGGGCAUAGCUAACUUUGACGAUAAGCACCUUGAAACAAUUUCAGCUGAUGAUGAUGUUGAUGGUAUACCCGGGAAAGAUGAAGGAAGGACUAGUGAGAGUGGUAUGGCUCAAGAAGGGAGUUCCCCAAUUGAAGUGAAAGGGGAAUCCCCCUCAAAGCAUGCCCUGUGUAAUGGUGUGAUGGAGGUAGAUGAAGCAGACGGUAAGGAUCUGAUGCAUUCCAAUGAUGGUGUGACUCACUCCAAAGAUGAUGAUAACGUUUUAAAAAUAUUAGAAGUCGACCAAAAUAAAUCAGAGGAGGAGAUAAUCAAUGGAAACAAUGUCCAAGCUUCAUCAGAGAAGGUCCAAAACCGUGGUGAGCUUGAAGCCCAUGAGGAUACGAACGGACUGGAGAACAUCAUAUCCAGUGAUGACCCUAGUAGCCUAAACCAGAACCAGUCUAACAAUGUUAUGGACAUUGAUGACAGGGUUGCCCAGCUAUCUGGAAAUGAGGUCGCUGGUGAGGACCAGUGCGGCAAUGUCAUCGACACUGUGGAUGAAGUUGUUGGUAAAGACGGCAUGAAUGAUUCAAAUUCCAUUGACAUCCAAGAUUCAGGUGCCAAAGAAGACAGUAAGAACCAAGUGGAUUCUACGAUGGAAUCGGACAGAGGCUCAAAUAAUGAACAUGUAAGUGGCCAAGAUGGACAUGCUUCUGAAGGCCACACUGGAAAGAACUCAGAGGAGACUGCACAAAGCGAUGUCCCGGUAGAAAAAGGAGAAGCACUAACAGAGAUCGAAGCAGAGUUGGCACCAAAGGAAGAAGCGAUGGAUGUGGAACCGGUAGAUAAAGGAGAAGCACUAACAGAGAUCGUAGCAGAGUUGGCACUGAAGGAAGAAGUGAUGGAUGUGGAACCGGUAGAAAAAGGAGAAGCACUAACAGAGAUCGAAGCAGAGUUGGCACUGAAGGAAGAAGUGAUGGAUGUGGAACCGGUAGAAAAAGGAGAAGCACUGCCAGAGAUCGAAGCAGAGUUGGCACCAAAGGAAGAGGCAGUGGAUGUGGUGCAUGGCGACCAAGCAGAGGGUGAUAUGAACCAGGAGGUGAUGGGGAGAAUCUCCACCCCUCCUCCCCCGCAACCUCUCCCAGGGAUCCUGCCUCCUGAGGGAGAAUUUGAGCUGGUCUGUGACAGCGUGGAGUCCUUCAGGGCGCUCAUCCAGAAAUUCGCCCAGAAAGAAGAGACCAUCGUCAAAGGAAGAAAAACGAUUGUACAACCUAUCAAGAGGUCGGGUCGAACCACUGAGCUACACAAGACACUCUCCAAGAUGCUCGAAGACUUUGAGCCGAUUGAGGCCAAGCUGCAGAAGGUUGUUCACAAGGCCAGAGAGGUGCUCUUCUACGAGUUUGAGGCCUACGAGGAAGAUCCUAGUCCGAAUCAGGAAGCAGCAGCUUUCUGGUACCAGCUACAAGUCAAGAAGCCAGCGCAAGUGGUAGAGUCCUCCUCGGUAGAUGCAAGCAGUGUGGAUGAUGACUUCUCCAGCUCUGAGAGCAGCUCAGACGUUGACAGCGACGAGCUCAGCGACUCGGACAGUGACGGCGAUGAGACCGCAGAGUACGACAACAGUGAUGGUGAUGGCGAUUACGAAACACCUGUUGCAAUGGAUGCAGUUCCAGGUGUGGAUGUCAAUGGUGCGGAAGGGGCUGAGAAUCAAGGAGAGAAUCAAGGAGUGAAGGUGGAUCUGUACUCUGGUGUGGAGAUUGCAGGAAGGACAAUGAGGUCUUCAAAGCGCAGGAGAGCCCAGAAAAGGGAGGUCAUCAGGGAUAAGAAGAAAGCCAAGAGAUCCAAGAUUCAGAUCGUCAAAGGGGUUCCUCUUCAAGGUAGAUAUGCUCAACAUGAUGAUGAUAAAGAGACGGAUGAAACCAAGCUCAAGAAAGUUCAUGAGGAACUCAAGCAGAACCUGAAGGCAGGUUCAACGUUUCAGAUGACAAAGCACAUUGUUCCAGGAGAAGCACAGAGAAGUUUCCAACCAUACAAAAAGACUGGUCUUCAAACUUCCAGUAGCCAUUCAGCUUCGGCAUAUCAACGGGACACAAGCGACAAGUUUAUCCGAAUCCUGAAGCGUACAGCUGGUACUAGUGAACCUGCAACUGUCUCUCCUGUCACAAAAGCAACUAAGACGUCUGCCUAUGAACCAACAUUGAAGGUUCCAUUCUUAAAGAAAACCAAGACGACCAGUCAAGCUGCCUCAGAGGCACCUAGUGCGGAUAAGAAGACAAAGACAGAAACGUUUUCAUUCACCAUAGAUGCUAAAGUUUGGGAGUCUCUCAAGGACAAACCAGAAGAAAGACAGAGGUUGAUUGUUGAGCAUGUGGAAAAGAUGAGGGUUGCCGGUGGCCAAAAGAAGGAAUCGCCCCAGAAGCUUCAGAACUCGAGGCAGUCACCAUGGUUCUCAAACAAGAGCAGCUCAAGUGGAUCAAGCAAAUCUGCUAGCUCUUCAGAGGCAAUGACUGAUGGGUCUGGCUUGUCUCCGUCUGCAUUGCCGGAAAAGAGAUUAUGCGUUAGCAUGGAGAAUGCCAUUCGUGGACAGACGGGAACAGGUGUUCAAGAGGACAUGCCCAUCCUUGACCUAGUUGGUAGUCAGAAGGGAUCCUUGCUGCAAGACACCAACAUGCCUACCUUGGCUCCUGCAGUGUCACAGAAGAUUGUUCAGUCUACCAUCAUAGGUAGUCCAGGCAGUAUCUCUGUGCAACAGGCAUUGACUCAAACACAAGGACUUCAGCAGCCAACAUCAGGGAAUCAAUCUACUGCAAUAGCAUCCUCAGGAAAUAGUAGCAUCAUCUUGGGAGAUACUACAUCUGGUGUGGGAACAAAUCUCCUGGGCGGACUCGGUACCAAAGGUACCACCAUCGGUACCACCAUCGGUGUCAAACCUCAGGCAACCGUCAUUUCCCUCUCACCCAAACCACAAGGGGUUCAGCAGCUUGAUUCACCAUCAACACCAGAUGUCAACAGGUUGGCUAAUCUGAAGGUGCAAAGUGUGGCGGCACAACUGACUGCGGGCGCCUCGGGUACCGGAGUCCAGAAAACCAUUGUCCUGCCGACCAACUUGAAAGUGAAUAUGCACAACAAGCAAUAUAAGAUUCUCUACGUGCAGAAGCCUGGGGCAUCCAAACCUGAACUCUGUCUCCAACCAUGCGCCGCUGAUGAUUCAACCGCUACUGGCGGUACCCUGCAAGGUGCGGUACCAUUAGUGACGGUGCAGCAACCCCUACAACCAGUGCCUGCUGCUACCAGUGGAAGAAAUAUGCAGAUUCAUAUGGUACCACAGGGUGGGAAUAAAAUUGUGAUGCAGGCUGUAGGGGGUACUCCGCAAGGACAAGUAGCUCAAAAUGUAGUGGUGCAGAAUCCUGUACCCAUACCCCACGUUGGAAAUCCAGCUGCGGGUAGCAAUACCAGUGUAGUUAAUAUGAUAACAACCCCUAUACCACCGGUUCCACAAGCGGUAUACGCUCUUAGUACUGGUUCCCAUGCACCAGUAGCGGGUAUGCAGUCUAAGGUACCAGCUGGAAGGGCAGUAUCAGUCAUGUCGGCGCCUUCGAUGCAAAUGGCACCUUCAGUACAAAUGGCUCCUUCGGUACAGGUUCCUUCAGCAGUGGGCUCAAUAUUGGUAGCACUACCGCCAAAUCAAAGCACCGUUCUAGCAGGGAGUCCUUCCAAAGCUGUGGCAAACCAGAUCGUUCACCUCAUUGAUUCUGGAGUAGUUGCACCUUCUGUAUCACAAUCUUUGGUUCCAUCUGCAGCAGCAUCUUUCAGUCCCUCUCUGGUACCGCCCAUGCCAAUGCUUUCCCAUGUAGGACAGCCUAUAACACCGCCGGUAGCAUCAGAUCAGGUUCUACAAAGCAACGUCAUCUUACAGGCGGCGUCCGCCUCCGGUUUAAUCUUGCCGGCGCCGGAACCUUCAAUGAAACAAAUUGUGGUGCAGGGAAUGCCUCAAGGCAGCGAUCAAUGAUUGAAUGAGUGUACGUGCAUCUAGAGAGAAACUUUACAGAUUAUCAUGCUAUCUCAGUAGAAUCCAAUUCAAAUGAAGUGUGUCUAGGCUUAAUGAAUAUUGCAACUUCCUGGAGAAAAUAUUUGCAUUUAUUGCCUUGAUUCUUUAGAUUAGAUUGUUUAUCGUACUAGUUUUCCUUACAGGAAAGGUGGCUGGGAAUUGUCCACAGUGAGAUGAAAAUGUAUUACACAUGUGUCUCCUAAUAAUGGACUUUAGUGUGUCUUUCCUUUUAUGUGAUGUGCAGUUCCCCUGGGCCCCAUUUCACAAGACUUGUCAUCAGUGACAAAUGACAGUUUUUGUUAUAAGCUAGUGAAAUCCUUGCUUCUGAUUGGUCAUCAGCAGAUUUAUCACUGACUUUUGUCAUUUGUCAUCGGAAAAAGGCUGUGUGAAAUGGGUCCCUGAUCUCUAGAGGAAACUUUGGUUGACUGCAUUAAAUAAUAUUUUUCUGUAAAUUUCCUCUUGGUCCAUUGUGUUAACAUCCAGCAGCAUACAACCAGAAACAUUCAUGCACAGUUGCACACAUUGUUAUUUGUCAAUUUCAUGAGAUGAUGAGUCUUAUGUUGCAGUGGUUUCUAACUCCAUCAGCGCUCUCAGCAAACUUGUGUUAAAGCCCCACUGUGCUACUUGUAGCUACUUGCUCCCUUUAUAUAGAAAGCAAUGCCUAAUCAGUGCCUGUUGGUCCCCUAUGAUCCUCUUUUUCUUAU